AUGGUAUCUUACAAGGAGCUCUGUACCGUUGGCACGACAUUAAUUGUCGCUGCCAGCUCUUUCAUCAUGGGUGUUUUCUAUGCUAAUCAAGCUUACGAUGCCCAUGUUUUGUUCAACCCUCAAGUUGCCCAAUCGCAUUUUGACAACAGUUUACAGCACUACCAGAUUUUGGCCGAGACCCCAAAGGCGAUCCUUGGUGGUCUUGCGUUUGUUGCGUUCGUGGGACUCGUGGGGUGUUUGAUUAGAAUCUAUAAGCCAAAUCCUGAGUUGCAGACUUUCGAGUACGCCUCCCUGGUCAUGUAUGUGAUUGGAAUCUGUUUGUUCAUCACUAACAUCAAAACUGGGAUCGAGUCUGCUGUUUCUGGAGAUUGGGGCGAUGUAACCCAGAACCAGGGCGUGGCAGUCAUUGGAUCAUCAAACAUCAUUUUAAUUGUCGUUUUUAUCGGUGUUCUCUUCUUGCAAGGUGGUUUGUGGUAUUCCAAUUGGGAAUUCGACCAAAGAAUGGCCAAAUUCUUGGCAGAAGAACAAGACGCCUCUGUCAAAUCCGAGAAAGCUCAACCUGAAGAACCCAAGAAGCAGAAAUAA